CAGCCAAAAUCCAUGUGAAAAGAAGAUAAGCAAGAGCUGUGUUGCUGUGUGCACAGAGGGAACAAAUCAAGAGUUGCAAAAUGAAUGCAAUUUAGGGAUGAUGUAAGCGUUCUUUUCGACUUUGCAACCUCUGGAGUAGUCUGUUAAUCUUUGUCUUCUUUUUUCUUGUAAAGGCAAACUUAAACAUUUCUACAUGGCUUCUAUCUUGUUAGGAUCUCUGCCUUCUUAUUAACAUCUGUGUGCCUGUAGAUGCAGCGCGAUCAAAUAAAAGUGCGUAACUUCCCCCUUGAACUGACCAUAGAGGUUAUUGAGCCUUCUGUGAAACAGAACAGAAUGAGACACAGCAAAGUGACUGUAGAAAUCUACAGAAAGUGGGGGAAUGAGGAAACCAGGAAAUAUGGGACUCCCCCACAGCCUCUCACUAGGAUGUAGGCUGAUAGGCCAUGUCUUUCUGUCCAUUUCUUCCAACUCUAAAACCUUCUGUUUGCCUUUAACCAAGGUCGUCUCUCACAUCUCCCUCUGCCUCCCCUACCUCCUCAUCUGGCCGUUUCUUCCCUUCUUGGCUGGUUGUUUGAGCCCAAGUCUGUGCUCUCAUUUCUGAUCUGUGUGCCAAGCUGUGUCACAUCUCCAGACUCCACCCCUGCUCCAGGCUCUGCUCAGCUGUGUCCAGCUCCAAGUCCUUCCUCCCUCAGGCCAGUCCCUCCCUGUCUCUCCUUGAUGAAUAACAUACCAGCUCCAGUGUAUAAAGACUGGUGAAACUGUAAGCGUCUGAGAUCUGUGUAUUGAUGUUUUUUGGGGGUGCCCUUUUCUCUUCAUCUCGCCUCCAGUGUGCCCACACUGGAGUACACCAGGGGUGAGGAGGCAGAGAGCAGCCAGGUGAGCCAUCCUUCCUCACACCCUGACCGGAAGGAGAGACAUUUUCUACUCACUGAUCAGAACCAGGAGAGCCUGCAUGACUGACAUGGCACUGUCCUGCCUGAGCCAGGCUAUCACCUGCCCGUGUCCUCCCUCCUGUACCAGGGGUGCUGGGACAGGCAGUGGGGAGCACAGCAGGCUUCCCUUGUUUCUGGUGGUGAUGUGUGGUGUCACAGACGCCUUCAUUCUUUGCUCUGUUGUCCCUUGCUUCCGUGGUUCCCCACUUCCGUGCACCCAACAGCAGCUGUUUGUUGGGUUUGUGGCAGAUAUAUGUCCUCCCUAUUACUGCUUAACCGAAGGUUGGCACAGUGGCUCCCUGUGCCAGCUGUGUCAUGGGGCUGUCCCUUUGGGCCUCUGCCCAUCAUGUCAGGAGCUCAGUGCAGCUCAUCUCCUUCCUCCUUUGUCUCACUGAUGUCUCAUCAGCCACAAUGUUGCCUAAGGACAUGGCACUGUCUAGGCAUGGCUGACCAGCACCUUGCCCCCACCUGGGUACUUGAUAGUGUUUCAGGCUUCCCACCUUUUUUAUGGCAGUCAUCAAGCAGUAAUGCUUUUCUGCCACAUUCCCAGCUCUGCACAAAAUAAGCUCUCUUCUGUAUCUGCUUUUUUCUUCUGCAGGUGCUCACCAUCUUGGGAUGCAUAUCGACCGUCAGUUUGGAGCUACUCUUGAAUGAUAACAGAAAGGGACUGAAGCAGAAAGGUGGCUUUCCUCUCCUAAAACCAUCAGGAUGUCUCAGCAGGGUCAGGCCUACCUGCUGCCUUGUAUGUUCAACGGGGACACGUGGGGAGGGAGGGCUCAGCUUCCCUACCAUGUUCCAGUGGCACGAUGCAAAGCCAUGUAACUGAAAUGAUGCAAUGCCAUUGCAGAGUUAGUAUUCACAUGCACAGUUUUUAAGCAUCUUCUUUCUCUAACCUGUACCUUUCUGGCUGUUCAGAAUUCAGCAUCUUAAAAUGCCCCAGUGUGCUGCACAAAUGCAGCCCAGAGCUAAAUAGGUGACCUAAUUUUCCAUCCUACAAAACCCACUCGUACGCUGUACUUCUGCUCUGAAGAAGAAGUCCUUGUAUGUUGGCACUCAAAACUGCCCAAUCCAAAUGAUGUCAGUGCUCACACACACACGUGUGUAGCUGCAUUUUUCAGCUCAUCUCCAGCCCUGGGCUCUGUCAGGAAUGAGGCAGCCACAGUGUCAUUAUGCUGAACAGGAUGGGAAAUUCUGCCUUUGGUCUGCUAUUGCUGCUGCUGAUGUGUGAACAGAUCAAAAUCCCUCCCUCAGCCCUCCCUCAGCCUGGCUGAGUCACCAAGCAAAUGCUCCUCCAUGGAAGCAAUGGAGAAGACUCUAGGCAGAUGCAGAAAGCAAUGCAUGCAUGCGGGCAGCAUUUUCCUCUGCUUCAGCAGGGCUGUACUGUGUCAUAUUUAACACACCGGGAGGAAAGUUGACAGGGAGAAAAUGGCUUCAGGCUUCUCUGUUUUCUGUACAGAACUCAGCAAGCUGACAGGCAGCUCUCAGUAGCAUGUGCAGCCAACCCUGUCUUUGCUGUGUGAGCGGCCCUGGCUAGCAGACCCCACCAGCAGUGUCACAAUGUGUGGCAGAACAUCAGUGACCCUGACUUGUGCUUCUGAGCAUUAUUUUAUAUCUGGCCUAGGAUGCUUUCAUUUCCUAAAUCUCAUUCUCAACACUGCUACUAGAACUGAUGGUAUUUGUUACAUCUGUUUUCCCUCUCUGAUCAGGAGCUGCUGUCCCUGACUUUUCUUUAACCUCAUGGGCAGAGUGAAGAGAAACAGCACUGUGUCUAGGAGGAACUGAACUCUGAAACAGUGGAGGUUCUCAAAAGCAGGUGGCCAGACCAUGGGUGACAUACAGAAGGCUCAACCUCAUCAGGAAAAGCCUGCGAGAGCUGACUUGCACCCGUUCAUCUCCAGAAGGCCCACUACAGGUACUCUGCAGGACUCUGAUGAAAGACCAGACUGCAAGCAGGAGCUGGAGAUGGAAAAUGAGGUGAAGCUGUCUUUUGUAAAGAGGCAGGGAAAGGGAGCUGUCAUGGCAGUGUGGGAUUGCGAGGGUGAUGGCACUCCCAUUGGCAAGGUGGUCCUUGCUGGGGACAGGCCAGACCCUCCAGUGUGCGGGAAUGGCACCAUUUGGAUUCAGCAGGUGGGAGAGAAAACCUACGAAUGUCCCGAAUGUGGGAAGAACUUCAGCCGGAGCUCGUAUCUCAGCCAGCACCAGAGGAUCCACCUGGCAGAGAAACCCUUCAGCUGCUCUGAAUGUGGGAAGAGUUUCACCCGCAACUCGGACCUGAUCAAACACCAGCGGAUCCAUACAGGAGAGAAGCCCUACCAGUGCAACGAGUGUGAGAAGACCUUCAGCCAGAGGUCCAACGUGAUCAGGCACCAGCGGACCCACACGGGAGAGAGACACUACCAGUGCAAUGAGUGCGGGAAGAGCUUCAGCCAGAACUCGCAUCUCAUCGUCCAUCAGAGGAGCCACAAAGGAGAGAAACCAUUUCAUUGCCCCCGGUGUGAGAAAAGCUUCAGCGACCGCUCCUCCCUUAUCAUACACCGGAGGGUCCACACUGGAGAGAAGCCCCACAAGUGCCAGGUAUGCGGGAAACAUUUUCGAGACAGUUCAGCCAUCAUUCGGCAUCACAGGAUCCACACAGGAGAGAAACCCUACAAGUGCACCGAAUGUGGGAAAACCUUCCGCCAGAGCUCCUCGCUGGUGACCCACAUGCGGACGCAUACAGGCGAGAAACCCUACAAAUGCCCUGUGUGUGGGAAGAGCUUUAGCCAGAGCUCAGCACUCACCACGCAUCGCCGCAUCCACGGGGGAGAGGUGUUGCCCCUGUACCAUGGCAGCCUCUUGGCCAGCCCCUACCAGUGCGCUGAGUGCGGCAGGCGGUGCAGCGACCAACCCACUCUCAUCAAGCACCAGACCACGCAUGUGGAGGAGCGGCCCUACAUCUGCGUGGAGUGUGGGGACAGCUUCCGUCGGAGCUCAGCACUCAAUGUCCACUUGAGGAUCCACCGUGGGGAGAGACCCUACAAGUGUGAGGAAUGUGGGAAAACCUUCCGGCAUAGCUCAGCUUUGGGUGCACACUUGAGGAUUCAUGCGGGAUCCAAGCCCUACGAGUGCGCUGAGUGUGGGAAAAGCUUCCGGAAAAGCUCGACGCUUAAAGUGCAUUUGAAAAUCCAUGUGGUCAAGAAGCCUUAUAAAUGUACUGUGGGUAGGAGGACUCUCUCUUCCUGUUCUCUUCUCCCAUAGGGUUGGUUGGAGCAGAAAAUGAGCAGAAUUUGAUUGUGUCUGAGGGCACGUAAAAAACAUAGGUACUGAGAAUUACAGUGGCAAAAGGCUAAGGAGACACCGUAGCAGCUCUAGUGUCAGGGCUGGGUGCUUAGCCCCAGUGGUAUGUUAAAUUAUGAGGUCAGGGAGCUCAUGCUAGGAACUGCGUACUGGCAGUUAAAAAGAGUACUGAGAGCUGAGGGGAGACCAGGUUCUGUGUAAUUUGGGGACUGUGAGUAUGCGGUAGAACACAAGCAGAAGAAUUGGGCUUUUAAAAUAACUUUUCAACAAAGCAAAAGAUCAAAUUUAAAAGGUCCAAGUUGGCUCUCAUUCAAAACUCCAGCUCAUUAGGCACUGCAGUAGACUUAGAAACUCAUAUUUUCCAUUAAAUAUGGUGAGUUGACCCUGUAUUUGAGCAGGCACUUCCAAUUCCUUGAGUCCAAAACUGAGGAGGUGAACCUCAACCUGUUUUGUUUUUCAAUCCUCUGUUCCAAAUCCUACAUGGGAUGAUGAAUUCCUACCUCCAUACAGAACAUCUGGGUGACAAAAUGGCUGAGUAAAGUGAAACUGGCAGAGCUGUUCCCAGAAGACUUGGACAUGCAAGCGUAGCCAGUUGGAGCACUGCCCAUCACCGGUGUUGGGCAGCUUUGUCCUCCUUGUUUUUUAACACCUUCCUGUUAGGAACAUCAACAAAACGUGGGCAAAACAGUGGCCUUACAUUGUUUAACCAAAAAAAAAAAAAAAAGGGUUCCCCCUAGAUGUGUGUGUGUUAUACUUAGCACGUAUGAUAGGUUCCUACUGGUAGGCAGGAGACUGUUUGCAAUUUUGUAGUCCUUUAUGUGAGAGAACUCUUCUUCAGCUCCCUGCUGUUUGUGCUUUAGUAACGUGUAAAGCUCGGUGUUAAGUUAGGAAUUCGAGCUUUAGGUUAGGAAUUCCUAAUAUUACAUGUAGUGCCGUGGCAACGACUGUGUUACAGAAACCUCCUCUGUAUUGCUGUGUUUUGUUACGAGGGAUGUGUUUCCAUCCUAAAUAAACUUUUUUUUUUCUUUUU